AUGUCACAGGCGAAAUUUAAUCGAAUUCCGACAUUCGGUGAUGCUGAAUUACGAAGUUGGCCCAACUCCAACUGGAAAACACCGCGGCACUCGUGGUUGCGACACCGCUCGACUUCCAAAAGUACGGAACUCUUCUUCGCUGCGCUGAGCCAGCAUGGCGCACAUCAGGUGUAUGGUGGUGGAGAGCUGCGGCAAAUGGGCGACCUGACACUCCCAGGGCCACAGUCCCUGGCCCAAGGCAGGCCUUCCACGGCACAGCAAUCCUUCAGGACAAGCACCUUCAGGAUCCAGCGUGCAACUUCCAGCAAUUGA